AUGCAAGUUUUUGAAGGACCAGAAGAGCCAAAUCUCACCGAGCCAGUUCUCCAAAAGGAACCAAAUAAAACCUACAAGUUCAAAAUAUGCUUGGUUGGUGACGGCGGUACUGGGAAGACCACAUUCAUAAAUAAAGUUCUGAAUGGGGAUUUCAUUUCAAAGUAUUAUGCUACCCAGGGAGCAGUAACGAAGUUCUUAACUCUAGGAAUUGGGGAGAACUCUUAUGUAAAGUACGAAGUUUGGGACACUGCAGGCCAGGAGAAGAAUGUGGGACUUAGAGACGGAUACUACAUUGGUGCAAUAGCAGGGUUCUUUUUCUUUGAUGCAAAUAGCCGUGAGACAAUGGCCAAUAUUCCCAAGCACAUGAAAGCAUUUUACAAUGCAUGUGGAGUAGAAAAUCCGAAGAUGUUUAUUCUGGCCAAUAAAAUUGACAUAGCCAAGAACAUGUGCGACUUUAGUAAGUAUGCACCAAAGGUGGCACAUUAUAACCCAGAGUUUGUUGAGAUAAGUGCCAAAACAGGAUAUAAUUUUGAUAAGCCAUUUACAAAACUGACUAGAUCGCUGUUCAAUGAUCCUAGUCUUAAUCUUACGGCCAACAUCAGUCUUGAAUCUGUAGACUUUAACUAUGACAUUCUUGCUGGCACACCGUCAGUUGAGGAUGCAUCUAAGAUUGCUGAUCUGGCACCUGAGGAAUAA